AUGGCGUUUUCCAACUGGUUCUCUCGUCUGCGAUCGUCUUAUAAACCCAACAAAUUCAUUCAAAACUCCUUCAUCCAUUCCAAACACACCCCUCAAUCACGCAGUUUAGAGAACACAGUUAUAAUCAACUCAAACAACAGCAACAAACAAUCAUGGAGGAGUUUUUUGCUUCCCAUUGUUCUCGCCGUCUCCGGUGGCUCUUUUGCAUUCCAUUUACAGAAAAACGCAUCUCUAUGCGAUGCCCCUAACCACCAAGAAAGAGUUGGGCGAAUUGGGGGAAAAGAUAGCACGAAGUAUGUGGUAAAGGGCACUUAUAAGCCAGUCCCAUCUGAACUCAUCAGGGAACUGAAGGCCAUAUGUCAAGAUAACAUGACAUUGGAUUAUGAUGAAAGAUACUUCCAUGGGAAACCACAAUACAGCUUUCACAAAGCAGUCAAUAUCCCUGAUGUGGUUGUGUUUCCGAGGUCUGAAGAUGAAGUGUCCAAGAUUGUUCGAUCUUGUAACAGACAUAAGGUCCCUAUUGUACCAUAUGGUGGAGCUACAUCAAUUGAGGGUCACACUUUAUCUCCUAAUGGAGGUGUUUGCAUUGACAUGACUCUAAUGAAACAUGUUAAAGCUUUACAUGUUGAGGACAUGGAUGUUGUUGUGGAGCCUGGGAUUGGAUGGAUGGAACUUAAUGAAUACCUAGCUCCUUAUGGUCUAUUCUUUCCUCUUGACCCCGGACCUGGAGCAACCAUUGGAGGGAUGUGUGGGACGCGUUGUUCUGGUUCUUUAGCUGUUAGGUAUGGAACCAUGCGUGACAACGUCAUCAAUCUCAAGGCUGUCUUAGCAGAUGGAGAGGUUGUCAAGACUGGAUCUCGUGCUCGAAAAAGUGCUGCUGGGUAUGAUCUUACUCGGCUCAUGAUUGGCAGUGAAGGCACCCUGGGUGUGAUAACAGAAGUUACACUGCGCCUGCAGAAAAUUCCGCAACAUUCAAUUGUUGCCAUGUGCAAUUUUCCUACCAUCAAAGAUGCAGCUGAUGUUGCAAUAGCAGCUAUGUUGUCUGGCAUACAAGUGUCCAGGGUGGAGCUGUUAGAUGAGGUUCAAGUGAAGGCUGUCAAUAUUGCCAAUGGGAAAGACUUGCCCGAAUUUCCAACUUUGAUGUUUGAAUUUAUCGGCACAGAAGCAUAUACACGUGAGCAGACACUUAUAGUUCAGAAGAUUGUAUCUGAGCAUAGUGGCUCGGACUUCGUUUUUGCAGAAGAUGCAGAAACUAAAAAGGAACUUUGGAAGAUAAGGAAAGAGGCUCUCUAUGCCUGCUUAGCAAUGGCGCCUAAUUUUGAAGCAAUGACAACGGAUGUAUGUGUUCCCUUAUCACAACUUGCUGGACUAAUAUCUAAAUCUAAAGAAGAGCUAGAUGCUUCAUCGCUGCUAUGCAUGGUGAUUGCUCAUGCUGGAGAUGGUAACUUUCACACUGUGAUUUUGUUCGAUCCAGCAGACGAGGAACAGCGCAAAGAAGCUGAAAGAUUGAACAAUUUUAUGGUUCAUGCUGCUCUAUCAAUGGACGGUACAUGUACUGGAGAACAUGGCGUAGGCACGGGGAAAGUGAAGUAUCUUGAAAAAGAACUUGGAGUAGAGAAUUUGAGGGCAAUGAAAAAGAUAAAGGCUGCUUUGGAUCCCAACAACAUCAUGAAUCCUGGAAAGCUUAUUCCCCCACAUAUUUGUUUCUAAUGGAGAUUCAUAGAUACAAGACACUCCAAGUCUCUUGUUGUUAAUCUCGCCAUACGUCUUCAGUUUGAAUCUCGUGAAGGCCUUUAGGGUUUUCCUAGUUGUUACAAAAUAUUUUACAUAUGUACAAAUUGUUACAUAUUGUAUGUGUUUGCAAGCCAGAUGAGACAACUGCUCUACCCCCUAAUGUUUGGUUUUCAAGAAUUCAGUAUUCCUCUUGCGAGGGUAUGCAAUCUUGACUAA